AUUCAGCUCAAGGAGUCCAAACAACCAGCACAUUUUGCCGUUAGUUCACUCUAAGGAAUCAAGUUGUAAGGACGUCUUAAAACACCGAGGACAGCUAACAUCUGCAAGACGUUCACGCGAAUAUCCUUCCAAAAUAUACUCCGUGAACAGUCAGGACUUCUUCGUCUAUCGGAAAGUUUUCGCGAAGAAAAGUUUCUAGUGUUCGUUACGAUAAGGAUUAUCGGAAUAGGCGCCAAAUGUUGAAACAGGACUAAAAGUAAUCUUACGUGUACGACUCCUCAAUAUUUCGUGACAUGCGGUAGUAUCAGCAGGACCUCGUUAGCGUGGGAAAAUGUUGCGUUUCAGAUUUCAACGGAUAGCACCAGUGAGGUGGUUGUGGGUCGCGCGCAUAGUCCUUAUGGGUCCUUAUUUAUAGACGCACCACUUUGUGAAUUUUUCAUUGUUACUGUCAACUCAAUAAUUUCGAUAGCUUCCGAAGGAUAUCUGGUGACGCGAACGUGGUUAUAUAUUUUGUUAUUGUGUGCGUGUUAACGGAAAUAGUAUCAUUGACAUCUUUGAUAAAAAUGGAUUUUUGUGGUCAAUCCAUUAGUGCUUGGUUCCCGCGAUUCGGCACAGAUUGUUCGGUAUCGAUACGGUUAUAAAAGACAUUCAAAGUGCAUAAUUCAAGGACUAAUAUGCUAUACUUCCUUGAGAACAAACAAAAGAUAGAUAAUAGGUAAUAGUGGAAACUCCACACAAUCCAUUAACCAACGAACAAUCUGUGCUCCCAUUACGUAUAUUGAAAUGGACACAUAAUCUAUUAUUUACAUAUCCUCGCCAGGCACUAAUGAGCUCAAGUGAAUUGAAAAAUUACUUACACACGCUCCUCAAUAAUAAAGUUCAAAGCUAUCAUCAUCCGUCCAUUCCCAAACCAAGCAGCAAGAAAGGAGCCCAAUUUAAGGACAUCGACCGGCGUUAAAUCCCCUGUCUCCACGGGGUUCAACAGUUCGGGGAACACUCAAAAUAAUAACCUUAAAUUAGGCCGCACAUUUUCCGUAUAAUUACGUAAGUGUUCCGAGGUCCUUUUGCCGUCCUGACCAACUAUCUCCUGUCGUCUCGGCCGAUAGAAGAUUUAGCGCUUCUUUGCCAGGAGCAACUCAACGACACAUCAUAUACGCAUAUAUUUCAGUCAAUUAGAGAGUGAUGUCAAUGAAAAGGUUUGCCCUAAUUGCUGCUGUUAGUUCUCACCAUUCGAGCCAAACGACGACGACAACAAUAUCAACACCGAUUCGAGUGGUAGCAACACCCCCUUGGGCAGCAGCUCCAACAAGAAUCCCGACAAUAACGGACGACAGCAAUUUAAAUUUGAAUGCCGCAGGCCUAGGUGCAAGUGGUAGUGCCGCAGGUGUUAGUGUUAGUGAAUUUAGUGGAAUCGGUAAAGUUGACAAAAGUGCCGGCGGAUUUGAAGACGGUGGAGCCAGGUUUUUUGCCGAAGACGUGAAUGGUGGAGGUGGACUGUAUCAAGGACAUCAAGCUAUGCGACCUGGUGCCACACUCCAUGGCAAUGUCAAUGUUUUGCUCGGGGGAGCUAUGCUAUCAGUCGUCAUAACCGUGGUUUGCGUGGUUUGCUAUUGUUGUCAUCGGAAUAUCAAAAAACGCUCGGAAUCAAUUUACCGGCAACAACGCUGGAUUGAUAGUGCCGGCCCCAAUAUGGAGGUAUACAGCGUGGAGCAGUGUUACGAAGCAGCAAGACUUUAUGCUGAAUCACCUGAAACUACCAGCGCUACAAUUCACUUAUCAUCAGCAGUUCAUAGUGGUCCGCCUCCAUCAUAUGAUUCGGUACUGGCAAUGGAUGAAUUCAUUGGAAGGCCAUCUCCACCCCCUAAAUAUCGUCAGCCGAUAAGAAAGUUCGACAGAAAGUGUUGCACAAUAGCCCGGCAAACUGCUCUCCCAUUGAACACAUGUAAUAUAAGUAAUUGCCGGAAACAUCGCCACCAACAGCAUCACUCAGUACCGGAAGCAUUACGUACAUGUGGCUCGUGUUCAUGUCUACAAAGGCAAAUGCAUCAAUCGGACCAAAAUAGUCACACGAAUCCUGAAAGUCAAAAUGACGUAAGUCCCAAUAAAAACGUGCCUACAUCAGCCGAUUCAAUCAAUAACAAUGUUACCACCAGUAGUGGUGGCACUCUGCAAACCAUUAAGCCCCUAUACGAGUGCCACACAUGUCAAUUAUGUGGUAAAUUACAACAAUAUCCGAACGCAACAGCUCAACAUUUGCGAACCACCACCGAAGCUGAUGUUGAGAAUGGGAAUAGUGAGUCAGCAACCACCCUCUGCUCGUGUAACACCCUCGAAACAAUUUUUGAUACCGGAAACCCAAAUGAAAACGACAAUGGUAAUGAAAGAUUAGUUCAUCCAGAGGACAAUAAAGUGCAAGUCGAUAGUAUGAAUAACGAGGUAACUAGCACCUCGUGUGCACCACAAUCAACAUUAGAAUUUGAACAAGAUUCAAAUUUAAAUCAAACGAACCCCCACCAUCAGCAUCGACACGGGAAUCACCAACAACAGAGUCAUCACACCGAACACCAACAGCCUGAACCACAGCAUCAACCCCUGCAGACGCAAAAUCUAUCCGCCUUAGACACAUUUAAUGAGAACGGUAUCAUUCGCAUGGAUAUGAGUCAGAUAAUUGAUAGAACAGGUCUCCCGACCUAUGAAGCUGCAAUUAAGCUGGAAUCAAGUGGAUACGUCUGAUGACGCUCCUAGCACUUCUAUGAAUAUGCACAACCCCUGCUUGCAUGCACAGAACGGAGCACGUUAAUGGCGGCCGAGCACAUGCAAACACAAUGAGGCCAGGAGUCCAUACUUGAUUAGAUAUUUAAUUAGAGCCAGCUAACGAAGUUGUCACCCACACUUGACUUUUUUCAAAAUGAUGUCGCAUUGCAUGGAUGUAGGUAAAAGCAACCAAUGUAAAACAAUGAAUUAUUGGAUAAUAAAUUGUUUAAUAAAAUGCACACGGGGACCGUA